UAUCCUCAGUGUUUUUCUCUCUUGCGUGUUUCAUUGAGUGUAAACGAAGUAUUGGGUCGGUGUAUUUUAUUGUAAAGACGAUGCAGGACACAAUGUGUGACAGUAAACAGAGCUUACAGGAGAAUCAAAACCUCCACAGAGUCACUGAAUUCUGUCUGUAACGCUGGAGAACAGCAACAGAUCCUGCAGACCAAUCUGAAGAUGUGUUCAGUUAAACUCAUCAACUGCAUGAACCUCAUGAUGAAGAUUAAAACUGAACCCACAGAAAUGAAAACUGAACCCACAGAAAUCAAAACGGAACCCACAGAAAUUAAAACGGAACCCACAGACAUCAAAACUGAACCCACAGAAAUCAAAACUGAACCCACAGAAGAGGAAGAUCGCACCGAAGAAGAUAACGAUAUUAUUACAGAUGUGAAGAGUGAUUCAUGUUUGGAUAUAGAAAUAACGUCCUCAACAUCAAAAGAGCGACUGACAGCACAAACUCUUUCCUGCAUCACCUGUGGAAAGACAUUCAGCUCACAGAGACUUUUAGAGAGACAUGAGAGAAAACACACAGAACAGAAACUCUUCACCAGAUCUGAGAUCAGCUUUACUACCUUACAAGAGAAGAAACUUCAUUCAGAAGACCACAGAGAGAAGAAGAAGAAGAAGCAGUUUCACUGUGAGCAGUGUGGGAGGAUUUGUGUCUCUUCCUCUGAUCUAAAUGUUCACAUGAGGAUACACAGUGAUGAAAAGCCUUUCAACUGCACUGAAUGUGGAAAAUACUUCAGAACCAAACAAUAUCUUAAAGUUCAUCAGAGACUUCAUACAGGUGAAAAACCUUACAAAUGCUCUCAGUGUGACAAGACUUUUUCUCAGUCAGGUCACUUAAAAGCCCAUCAGAGACUUCAUACUGGAGAGAAAUCUUAUCACUGUAUUGUCUGUAAGAAGAGUUUUAGUCAACAGCCUACAUUACUAAAUCACAAGAGAAUUCAUGAAAAACCUUUCAAAUGCUCUCAGUGUGGCAUGACCUUUGCUCAGUCAGGUUACUUAAAAUCCCACCAGAGAGUUCAUACUGGAAUGAAACCUUAUCACUGUAAUGUUUGUGGGAGGAGUUUUACUCGCCAUGGCAGUUUAGUAUUACACCAGAGACUUCAUACAGGUAAAAAACCUUUCAAAUGCUCUCAGUGCGACAAGACGUUUGCUCUGUCACGUUACUUACAAGCCCAUCAAAGAGUUCAUGCUGGAGAGAAACCUCAUCACUGUAGUUUCUGUGGGAAGAGUUUUAGACAACAUUAUGACUUAAUAAUUCACAAGAGAAUACAUACAGGGGAAAAACCUUUCAAAUGCUCUCAGUGUGACAAGACGUUUACUCAGUCACGUUACUUACAAGCCCAUCAAAGAGGUCAUACUGGAGAGAAACCUCAUCACUGUAGUGUCUGUGGGAAGAGUUUUAGUCAACAGACUACAUUACUAAAUCACAAGAGAACUCAUGAAAAGCCUUUCAAAUGCUCUCAGUGUGACAAGAAGUUUGCUCUGUCAUGUUACUUAAAAUCCCAUCAGAGAGUUCAUACUGGAGAGAAACCUUAACUUUGUCUGUGGGAAUAGUUAAUCAACGGUAUAUGUGAUUUCUUAAAAUGUGAGUGUAUAUGUUAUUCU